AUGAGACGACCAUUACCAAUCUCUCCUUCCCUCUCUGCCUUUCUAGCGGCAAUCCUGGAUGACCAGUCUGUUUGUGGGCGUGGGGAGCGGCUGGCGCUGGCCUUGGCCAGGGAGAACAUCAACAGUAUGAUGGAGGGUCCGGCCAGAGCCCGAGUGGAGGUGGACAUAUACGAGCUGCAAAAAGACUCCCAGUACGACACUACUGACACCAUGUGUCAGAUUCUACCCAAAGGCGUCGUCUCUGUGAUAGGUCCCGCCUCCAGUCCCGCCUCUAGCUCUACUGUCAGUCACAUAUGUGGGGAAAAGGAGAUCCCUCAUGUCAAGAUCGGUCCGGAGGAGACUCCCCGCUUGCCAUACCUGCGCUUUGCCACAGUCACUCUGUACCCUAGCAACGAGGACCUGAGCCUGGCCGUAGAAGCCAUCUUGUGCUCGUUCGGUUACCCAUCAGCCAGCCUGGUCUGUGCCAAGGCUGAGUGCCUGCUGAGAUUGGAGGAACUGGUCCGCCGCUUUCUUAUAUCUCGGGAGACGCUGUCAAUCAGAAUGCUGGAUGACAACCUGGACCCGACCCCGCUUCUGAAGGAGAUCCGAGACGACAAAGUGGCCACCAUCAUCAUUGACGCCAACGCCUCUGUGUCCUAUCACAUCCUCAAGAAGGCGUCUGAGCUGGGGAUGACAUCAUCGUUUUACAAGUACAUACUCACCACAAUGGACUUCCCACUCCUGAGACUGGAUGAGAUAGUGGACGAUCAGUCAAACAUUGUGGGGUUCUCCAUGUUCAACACCACCCAUCCCUUCUAUUUGGAGUUCAUCAGGAGCCUGAACCUCUCUUGGAGGGAGGGAUGUGACCUAACGUACCCCGGCCCUGCGCUCUCGUCAGCAUUGAUGUUUGAUGCGGUGCAUGUGGUGGUGGGGGCGGUGAGGGAAUUGAACCGCAGUCAGGAGAUUGGAGUGAAGCCGCUCAGCUGCUCCUCACCCCAGAUCUGGCAACAUGGGACCAGUCUUAUGAACUACCUGCGCAUGGUGGAGUACGAUGGUCUGACGGGGCGUGUGGAGUUCAACAGCAAAGGUCAGAGGACCAACUAUACCCUGAGGAUUCUGGAGAAACACCGAGGAGGCCUCAAAGAGAUCGGGGUCUGGUACUCCAACAACACUCUGGCAAUGAACUCCACCAGUCUGGAUAUCAAUGUCUCAGAGAAGCUGGCAAACAAGACCCUCACUGUCACCACCAUACUGGAAAACCCAUACGUGAUGCGCAGAGACAACUACCAGGUCUUCCAGGGCAACGACCAGUACGAGGGCUUCUGUGUCGACAUGCUCAAGGAGCUCUCAGACAUCUUAAAAUUCUCCUUCAAGAUCAAGCUGGUGGAUGAUGGCCAGUAUGGGGCCCCAGAGCCCAACGGCUCUUGGACCGGCAUGGUGGGAGAGCUAAUCAACAGGAAAGCAGACCUGGCCGUAGCCGGCUUCACCAUCACGUCGGAGAGAGAGAAAGUUAUCGACUUCUCUAAGCCGUUCAUGACCCUGGGGAUCAGCAUCUUGUACAGAGUUCAGCUGGGUCGGAAGCCGGGUUACUUCUCCUUCCUCGAUCCCUUCUCUCUGGCCGUCUGGCUCUUCAUGCUGCUCGCCUACCUGGCUGUCAGCUGUGUGCUCUUCCUGGCUGCAAGGCUGAGCCCUUAUGAGUGGUACAACCCUUACCCGUGUCUGCGAGAUCGCAGGGACAUGUUGGAGAACCAGUACACACUCGGGAACAGCCUGUGGUUCCCUAUUGGAGGCUUCAUGCAGCAGGGGUCAGAGAUAAUGCCCAGAGCCGUGUCCACCAGAUGUGUUAGCGGGGUGUGGUGGGCGUUCACCCUGAUCAUCAUCUCCUCCUACACGGCUAACCUGGCCGCCUUCCUCACCGUCCAGAGGAUGGAGGUUCCCAUCGAGUCUCCGGAUGACUUGGCCGACCAGACCAACAUCGAGUAUGGCACCAUCCACGGAGGGAGCACCAUGACCUUUUUCAUGAACUCGCGGUACCAGACCUACCAGCGGAUGUGGAACUACAUGAACUCCAAGCAGCCCAGUGUAUUUGUGAAAAGCACAGAGGAGGGCAUCGCCCGCGUGGUCAACUCCAAGUACGCCUUCCUGAUGGAGAGCACAAUGAACGAGUACUACCGCGGCCUCAACUGUAACCUCACGAAGAUAGGAGGCCUACUGGACACCAAGGGUUAUGGUAUCGGCAUGCCGCUGGGGUCUCCGUUCAGAGAUGAGCUCACGCUGGCCAUCCUCCAGCUGCAGGAGAAUAACAGGCUGGAGAUACUGAAGAGGCGGUGGUGGGAGGGAGGCCAAUGCCUCAAAGAGGAGGACCACCGUGCCAAGGGUCUGGGCAUGGAGAACAUUGGGGGCAUCUUUGUCGUGCUGAUCUGUGGGCUCAUCAUUGCCGUGUUUGUGGCCAUCAUGGAGUUUGUGUGGUCCACACGUCACUCUACAGAGAUCGAUGAGGUGUCUGUUUGUCAGGAGAUGAUCACAGAGUUUAGAAACGCCGUCUCCUGUAAGAAGAGCUCCCGUAUGCGCCGCCGUCGGCCCCUCAGCAGCUCAGCAGCCCUGCGGCAUCCCACUCGUAUUGCUCUGGGGGCCCCUCGACCUCUGCGCCUGGUCCGGGAGAUGCGCCUUAGCAACGGCAAGCUCUACAGCGGCACCGGCCCGCUGACAGGUGGAGCUGGAGGAGGUGGAGCAGGGGGGACGGGGCUUCCCGAAUUAGGGCCAGGGCCCCAGCGGCUCUUAGAUGAUCCACUGGGGGCCAACACGACCCCUCCUCCACCAGCACCUACACCUGUGAUGCUGUCCGCCCGCAGUUGCACCCACGUGCGGAUCUGCCAGGAGUGCCGGAGGAUCCAGAGCGUGAGAUCGGGGAGCACCAUAGGAUCAACCACAACAAGAAUACCACCUUUAUCAGCACCCCUGCCCCGGCUAGCCCUACCCCCACCCCCAUCCACAUCCAACACAGACAGCGAGGGCGGAGGGGGGCUCAGCCCAAGGCGGCUACACCACAGCCCACCACAUCAUAGCUCUCGACCCAUUCCCUCUCCACAGAACAGCAAAACCACAGACCUACUGGGUAAACAGGACUGAGACCAGAAGCAAUAGGCGGGGUGAGAGUGCAGCAGGAAGUGACUGUGACAGUGGGAUGUACCUGUGCUGCUGAGAGAGACGCUGCUUGUUUCCACAGGUGAAAUUCAUCGGAGAACAAAAGAGGGAGAGUUGGAGGGAAACAAACUCUGCAAGGGCAGCCAAUAGACCAAUUAAGCAACCUUUAAAAGGAGAAUAAAGAGGUAACACCAUGACCCGUUCUCUAGUUGGGCUUGGGGCCUCGGGCUACAGAACUGGGGUCAAGCUUUCUGUGAGAUGUUCGUCUGUUAAGCUUCUUUACUCGACUCUGAAGAUCAGUUUAGUGGAAAUGCACACGACCAGAUGAUGGUUUCUAUUGGCCUCCCUGUCCUUCCUCCUUCUCCCUCUCACUUCAUCUUUAGAUUGGAGUGUGCUGGUUUUUAUUUCUCCGCAGACACUUCUCUCCUCUAGACCGUAGUCAAAUGAAGCCUUGAUGGAGGACAUGCUGUAUCCGUAUGCGAUUUAAAACAGCAUCUAAAAGACUUUCAGAGAACUAUUUCCUGUUGUUUGGUUUUUUUUCUUUCUGUUUUUGUUACCAUUGUUCUGAGAGGGAAUUACAGAGUUAAAUACAGAGUACAUGUGACAAUAUGGUGAAUUAUAGCAUAAUAUGACACUGGCGAGUGGUGUUCAAGAGUUUUGUGAGUUUUGUGUCCCUCACUGUGACCCAUAGCUGCUUUUUGGAUGGUAUCAGGGAAGGUGGAUGAAGCUACUGCAAGACAACAUAAUGCAAACAGGAGCAGAGGAAACUGUCUGCCUUCCUUCACGCUGUGCGUCUCCGCGUUUGUAAAAAUGUGUGAUACUGUAAGUCUAUAACUACUCGAGUGAGGAGAACUAUGUUCCCAGAAACGGCACUUUUCUACAAAUGUUAAAUGAUCAGAAAGCCACAAAAGAAGAGAAGAAAGCGCAGGAGGCUUUGAAAUGUGAAAUGAAUGUCCUUGUUAUCCUGAGUAACACUUGCUAAGCCUUCACGUCUUUGUCACCUCUGUUUACACAGCGUAGAGGAGAUAGAAAGAAAAGGCGAGGCCGAGACAAAGAGGCAAGAUAGAGAAGAAUGGAAAGAGAGGAGAUAGAAAGAGACAAAGAGUGAGAAGGACACUACAUAAUUUGAAUGAGGGAUCCCAAACUGUUCCAUUAUUAGAUCUGUCCUGAUCUGUUAAUUCUGGGCAUCUUUUAAGGGGUGUGUUCAUGCGCAAGCAGACUGUAGCUGCAGCUUCUGCUCUUCUCUGUUUAUCAGACAGACUUGGCCGUCCACAGUAGAGGCUGCUGCCAGAGUGAUAGACUCAACACAGCCUUGUCAAUACUCGUCUCAAGCUUUUGAUCGUCUAAUUACUCCCAACGGUGUCCGCGGCUCAUUCCGGAGGGGUUUGAAUUCAGAGAAACAUGCUGAUGAAAAGAUUUGGAAGAAAAGCAUGUUUUUCAUUCCAGCUCAGAGAGAAGCUGCGUUCUUUUAAUUAUGUUGUUAAUGUUACAGCCCAACUAAAACUAAACGCCACAGUAUAUUAGCUAUGUGUUAGCUAUGGUGCAUAAAGACCAUAGGUUUAAAGACCAUAUAGAAUCAAAUCUUUUAGGUCUUUAAUGUCCAAUUGUGGACACUGUACCUCCAAUCUCUCAAGAAGCCUCUGCUUUCACACCGAGAACUGGUGGUAUGAUUAAAAGGAGCAUUACAUGAGGCUUGCUUACAUUCUACCGCCAACAAAUCUGAUGAAAAGACCAAAACACACAAUUAUUGAUGAACUGAUCUGACUGAUAAGGAGCCAACGCCUCGUAUAAAGUAUCUAUUUGUACCCAAUGUUGCGUCAUCAAUGAAACCAAAGUGGCGUAGUGCCACCAACAUGCAGGCUGCGGAAGUCGAAAAAGUAUUAAGGGACCAACACGUUCUCACUUCCAACUUGUCAAAUAUCGGCAGUUGAUGAGUGCCCAGAGGAGCCUGACGCGCCCUUCAGCAUCUGGAUGAGACACACAGCUGUUCAUGUCCAUGUGAAACUAAAAGUUAACUUCGACAUUUUGUCACGUGAGUCCUUUUGUCAUGUGAGUCGCUGGUCACAUGACUCGUUAGUGACCCUGUAGUGAGUCCCUAGUCAGUCACGUUAACAUAAACCACGAUCUUUUCCUCAACCAAACUAAGUGGAGUUGUUGCCUCAACCCAACUUCCUGUGAAGAUGGACGUUUAUUUUGAAAAGAUACUCUGCGUGUCGCGAGGGGCUCUGACACGUUCAGAAGUGACGCUGGAGGGGUCCCUCAAGGGUGGUAGUUUGAGGCUUAGGAGCACUGAUUAAACGUCGGUGUUUCAGGAGUUGGGAGUGAGAAUGUGUUUUAGAGACACACCAACACGUUAGUGGAUUUGUUGACAAGAAGAAACAUAGGGCCUAUACAAUAUUGCCAGCCUUAUUCUUUAAGUCCACUUUAAAGAAAGAGACCACUCGGCUUCACUAUCUCCACAGAAAUCCUAUUUAUCAAAAUUAAAUUGCUGCCCUUGAUGUUUUGAACCCCAAUUACAAUAUUAAUUGUGUGCAGCAUUAUUUCCCUUUAGUAAUCAAAUGAGAUCCCUUUCAUGUUCUGCGGCUGUGUUCUCUGUUGUACAACCUCCCUGUGAAAUGGUCCCCUCAAAAGUUAAUAUCCGGGUUUUUUGCAUUCAUUGCAUAGAAUAUAUAUAUAUUUUUUUUAUAUGAAAUCAUUAUCAAGUGCUGUAUUAGCAUUGUCUGCACUGCAGGUUGUAGACUCAUCAGUGUCAGUGUUCAUUGAAUCAUGUGUUUACUCGGUACCCAAAAUACUCCAUGGAGAGUGAUUCACUACCCACUGAUCCCGGGGUGCUGUUUCAGAGAAUGAAAUCCAAGAUACGAGAGUUAGCUGAUGUUUUUUCAAUAACAUAUAACUGAAUUCCCUUCUUUCUGCUCAGUGUCAGUGUUUUGUUACUGUUGACAGCUGAUUUUAUGAAUGUAAAACUUUCCGGCAGCUGAUUCUCAAAAGUCAGCGUUACCUCCCUCCUGUACGUAUCAAUAGUUUGUCCCCUUUCUCUCUUUUUUCCCCCUGAGUUUGUAAAAUUAAUUUAUACUAUAUCCUCGUCUCCUAAAACCUUUUGACUCCAACGGGUCUCCCCCAACACACAUAAAGCUACCAGCUGCAGGCGCUACAUGCCCUCAUCUUAGAUCUCACCCAACAGCAGGAACACGAUCCCUCACUGGCUUCCCUCAUCUAUAUUCAGCAGGAAUACAAAGUGUGUGACAUAACACGCAAACACACCAGUUCAGCCCUUUAACAAAUCCCCUGAAGAAAAAUGACCGGCAUUGUUGGCUAAGCAAACAUUGCAUUGCUGUAUAAAGUUGUGCAUUUUGCAGUGAAAAAGAUUUGUCGACACAUUCGUGAACGAUAACAUUGUUUGCACACAUUAUUCUGUCUCUGAAUGAUUGCUGUCAGCAGAAGCAAGCCUCUGUACUUCUGCCUUGUUCAGAAUGCUGACAAGGCAACAGCAGCGAGCCCCUUUCCACACACACACACACUCAUCCGCAACAUCUCCAAUUCUUAUUUCCUCGCUGUUUAAAAGUUGUAAACCCUC